AUGAACAGACCCGGGAGACCGAGACUGGCCUCUCUCAGUGAAUUUCAGUUUGGAGCUGUUGCUACAGAGACGAUCGAAGACGCUCUGCUCCACUUGGCCCAGCAGAAUGAGCAAGCAGUGCAGGAGUCUGCGGGACGGCUGGGCAGCUUCAGAGAGACCCGGAUCGUGGAGUUUGUUUUUCUCCUGUCUGAACAAUGGUGUCUGGAGAAAUCUGUGAGCUACCAGGCUGUAGAAAUCCUAGAAAGGUUUAUGGUUAAGCAGGCAGAGAAUAUCUGCAAACAAGCUACAAUCCAGCUAAGAGAUAAGACCGAAGCACAGAAUUGGAGGGCUCUGAAAGAGCAGCUUUUCAACAAGUUUAUCCUGCGCCUUGUGUCAUGUGUUCAGUUGGCAAGCAAACUUUCUUUCCACUACAAAAUAAUCAGCAACAUUACGGUCCUGAAUUUCCUCCAGGCUCUAGGAUAUCUACACACUAAGGAGGAACUGCUGGAGUCAGAGCUUGAUGUUUUGAAGUCCCUGAACUUCCAGAUCAAUCUGCCUACUCCCCUGGCAUAUGUAGAGAUGCUCCUGGAGGUUCUAGGAUACAACGGGUGCUUGGUCCCAGCCACACAGCUGCAUGCCACCUGCCUAACCCUGCUCGACCUGGUCUAUCUUCUGCAUGAACCCGUAUAUGAGAGUCUGCUGAGGGCCUCGAUCGAGAACUCCACACCCAGUCAGCUGCAAGGGGAGAAGUUUGUCUCAGUGAAGGAGGACUUCAUGCUACUGGCAGUAGGAGUCAUCGCAGCAAGUGCGUUCAUCCAAAACCACGGGUGUUGGAGCCAGGUGGUGGGGCAUCUGCAGAGCAUCACUGGCAUUGCCCUGGAGAGCAUCGCCACCUUCUCUUACGCAAUCCUGACCCACAGCGUAGGAGCCAGCACGCCGGGGCGACAGCGGCCUGUUCCUCCCCACCUGGUGGCCAGAGCGCUGAGGGCCGCUGCUUCCUCCAACACGUGAGACAGACUGAAUCUGCCAAAUACAAACGGCCUCCCAUCACUGCACUCAUCUCUCCCUUUGUUUACUUUAAUGCUCAGGAUACAAAAGUUUCAAGUAUCUUUUGAACUGUGUUUUGUAUUCCAACUUUAUGCUUAUUUUUCUGCAUCAGAGAGUUAAGGUGGAGAAGCAUGUCCUUUUU